AUGAAGAAUCAUCACAAGACAUGGUGUCGUGCUCCGAAGAUGCCUAUUACACGACAGACUAAAGCUCAGUACGGAUUCAUUGGAAUCGAGAAACAGUGCGCCGAGGCCAAAUAUCCACAAAUCUACACCCACAAGCCAAGUUGCCUGCAGGGCCGCUUGCGCCUCAAAGGGGACCCCUCUACCAGAAGGGAUGUAAUAAUUAGUUUUUCUGUACCACCGGCUGGGCCGGUCCCAGAGCGCCUGGCUGGAAAAGCAACGUGGGAAGCCCUGACACCUGGUGAGCCAGCAUCUUCUCUUGAUCCCACUUCUUCAUGUCCCCUGGCCGGCCGGCUGGCUGGCUGGCUGACUCUUUUAUCCUUCACUCAUUCGCAUUCCCUUUCAGCUAAAGACCCUCUCACCUGUCAACUCAUUUGGUAUUUUGUUGCCCUGAGCGCGCCGAACACCUUUUGUGUCAACCUGCCACUCCCGUUCCCAGUGUCGCCCCUUUCCACAUUGGACCUCCAAGUCUACAGUCCUCCCUCCUUCCAGGCCUGA